AUGGAGAAUGAGACCAUGCUUUCAGAAUUCGGGAAGACGGAGGUGCGCGUCGGCCGUGGCUUCUUCUUCCAUGUCCAGGGGCAGGCUGAAGAAAGCCUUCCGCUGGAAGAUUUCAUUCGGAGCAUGCCGAAUGACAACUACUUGUUCGACUUUGGUGAGUUCAUGGAGCAAAGCGGUUUAUCUGCCAACUGGACCCUUCCUCCCGUCCUGGAACAGCUAGGAACGUACGACACCUCCUCCGUGCCCCUUCGCCUGGCGUUGGGCAGUAAAGGUCAGGGGAUGCCUUUCCACAGCCACGAAGACUCCUACCACUUGCAGCUGCAGGGACGGAAGCGCUGGGGAAUUUAUGCGCCAGGGAAGAUGACAAGAACAGGUGUCCUCCACUCCGAAGAUUAUACGACCUGGCUGAGAUUUAGAAGGAGAGGCAGAGGCUUCGUUCCACCGCAGUGGGAAUGCGUUUCAGAGCCCGGCGACCUGCUCUACGUCCCGGAAGGAUUCCAGCACGCCACGGCAAGCCUGGGCUACUCCGUGGCCGUGGUGCAGCAAGCGCGACGCGCUUUGCCUUGGUCGGCCGUCUUCCACCGACAUGCCGCCGUGCAGGCCAGCCGGGAGAAGCAGCACAAGCAGGCGGUGAAGCUGGCCAAGAAAGCUGCAAAGCUCGAUCCCACGAACUCGGAUUUGUGGCUGACCCUGGCUCAGAUACACCAAGGGCCAGACUCGGACUCUGCCGCCAAGAUGGUGAAGUAUUGCGAGAAGGGCCUCAAGGCGAACCCUCUCUGCGGGAAGACCCGGCUUCACCUGCUCAUGGCCUACAACUCCCUGGGCCUUGCCAGCCAGACCCAGGAGCUCAUGGGCAAAGAUCCCCCACCUUCCAAAAAAAGAAUUGAAGCCCAAGGCUUUUUGGAGGCGGAAACCUCUGAGAGCUUGAACUCUCAAGCUGUAAACCUCGAGGAUCAGCUUGGAGCGAGCCGCCAAGUAAGUGAACCCCAAACCCUAAACCCUAAACCCUAA